AUUUAUUUGCGAGGGAAGACCGGCCACUGCAACACAGAGAAUGACUCUGACUGCUGCGAAGCAGGUAAGAUGUACCCUCAGUACCGCUGCUCUCCUCCAAUCACGAGCAACACCCGUGCGACGAUGACCAUCAACAGCUUUGCCAAGGGUGGUGAUGGAGGAGGCCCGUCUGAGUGCGACAACAAAUACCACAGCGACAGUGAAAAGGUGGUUGCAUUAUCAACUGGCUGGUACAAUGGAGGAAGCCGAUGCUUGAACUACAUCAACAUCAACGCUAAUGGUAAGUCGGUGAGAGCCAAAGUGGUGGAUGAGUGCGAUUCUGUGCACGGCUGCGAUGCUGAUCAUGACUUCCAACCGCCAUGCCCCAAUAAUAUAGUAGAUGCAUCCCCAGCGGUGUGGAAGGCGUUGGAUAUACCGGAGUCUCAAGUGGGGGACUACGACAUUACCUGGUCUGAUGCCUGA